AUGGUAUUAGGUGCUGGUCUUGGGUCGGACGUCCAAAUGGGCGUAAUAGCGCAUGAAAUUGGUCAUGCAAUAGGAUUCUGGCAUGAGCAAAGUCGUCCUGAUAGAGACAAUUAUGUUCGAAUAAAUUCGGCUAAUAUUGAACCGGGAAAAGAAAAUAACUUCAACAAAUACGACACAGGUACUGCUAACACGUACAAUGUUCCAUACGAUAUAGGAUCCAUAAUGCAUUAUGGAGAAAAGUAUUUCAGCGUAAAUGGUCAAAAUACAAUCGAUGCUCUUAACUCAGACGAUCAAGCAAAAAUGGGAAACCGAGCCGGUCUUACUAAUGCCGAUGUUACGUUAGCUAAAUUAAUGUACGAUUGUCCAGAAUGUGGUGCUAUUCGGUUGGUUUGCCGCGAUCUGCGUGUCAAUGCCAAUAUUAAAAAAAUUUAA